AUGAUAUCACUGCUUGUGAAGGAGAAGCUCUACAUCAAUGAAGUCGUCCUGGGUACUGGGUUGGGUGUGUUAAUGGGACCGCAUUGCGCCAAUGUAUUCGACCCUCGCUCGUGGUCGGAUGACAGCGACGCCAUUACACUUGAAGUAAUGCGAGUUGUUCUUGCCGUCGGUCUAUUCGCCAUCGGUGUAGAAUUGCCACAGUCCUACAUGUACCAGCACGCGAAGAGUCUACUUAUAGUGGUUGUGCCUACUAUGGCACUUGGAUGGGUGGUGACUGCGGCGUUCAUGUUUCUGUUGUUCCCUCGCCUUGACUACAUCUCUUGCCUUGCGAUAUCCGCCUGUCUGACGCCAACCGACCCUAUCAUUUCUGCCGCCAUUAUUGGCGGAAAGUUUGCUAUAAAACACGUUCCUGUGAACCUUCGCCGUCUUUUGGCUGCCGAAUCAGCGGCUAAUGACGGGCUGGCGUAUCCUUUUCUUAGCAUCUCUAUUUAUCUCACUACAGAAGCAUCACGGGCUGUUGCGGUUGGCAAAUGGUUUCUCAUAGGAUGGCUAUAUCAAGUCAUCCUUGGGGUCGUUCUCGGUUCAGUUCUGGGUGUCAUGUUUUCUCACCUGAUGAAAUUUUCCCACAAGAGGGGUUUCAUUGAUCAAGAAUCAUACGUCGCACAAUACCUAUCGCUCGCAAUCUUCACCAUUGGCGUUACCAAGACCAUUGGAAGUGACGAUCUCCUUGCCGCUUUUGCAGCCGGCAGUGCUGUUUCCUGGGACGGUCAUUUCAACACGCAAGUCGAGGACGAGCUAUUCUCUUCCAUAAUCGACCUUGUCCUCAACUGCGCAGCUUUCAUAUAUAUCGGAGCAUGGCUCCCCUUUGAACAGUUUAAUGCGACGGACCUGGGUCUGCAGCCGUGGCGCCUCCUCGUCCUAUUCCUGGUCAUUCUCACCUUACGCAGGAUUCCGGCGCUACUGUUGUUAUACCGAUGGGUCCCCGAAAUAAGAAACUGGAGAGAGGCCUUAUUUUCAGGACACUUUGGUCCUAUGGGGGUUGGAGCAAUAUUCAUCUCUACCUUAGCUUUGACUGAGCUUGAGACGCCUCAGUCUCCUCCCCAAAAUCAACAGCAAUUGCUCGCAGCCGUUCUGCAGCCCAUGGUUGCAUUCGUCGUCCUAGGCUCAAUCAUCAUUCAUGGUUUCUCCGUUCCCUUCCUCUCGUUUGGUCGCAAGGUUCACUCCCGCACCAUUUCCCUUUCUCAGACCUUUACCUCCCGUGGGAGCGAUGGUGCUGUCCCUGACUGGCUCCUCUGGGCCCGCCGCCCUGGGACUGCCAGCCCGAACACUACCACCUUCGAUGACGUGGAAGGUGGUCGUGUCAUACCAAUUUCUGAAACUCAACAAAUUUCGGGAGAUAUGCGAGCGGGGGUCUCUCUCAUCCAGGAAGCAGAUAUCGUGGGCAUGAAUCCGGCGAGAGCCGGAAAGGAGAGUGAUGGCGGCCAUGCCAAAUCGGAGAGUGAGGAGUGUCCAAGGACCGUCUCUCCUGACGGGGUUGAAAGAGAGAGAAGAGAGGCUAUCAACGAAGGAACAUUCGUUGGGCCGGAAUUCGGAGAAGCAAGCAUGCUAGCCUCGCCGAAGCAGGCAAGAAUCGUGAAGAGACCUCCACCGCUCACUGACGUCGACAACGAAGGGCAUGCUGUCGAAAGCAAUGCGUCCAAGCCCACGCUGCCCACGUCUGCGAGGACUGUCCGUUUCCCUUCCGCUCAAUAA